UCUCAGGGUGGGGGCGCAGGCCCGGGAGGGGGCACCGGGAGGAGGUGAGUGUCUCUGGUCGCCUCCUCCUCUCCCCCUUUUUCGCCCCCGCCUCCUUGUGGCGAUGAGAAGGAGGAGGACAGCGCCGAGGAGGAAGAAGCUGAUGGCGGCGGCGGAGCUCCGAGAGACCUCGGCUGGGCAGGGGCUCGCCGUGGCGGGCUGGGGACUGCGUCUGUAGAGCUGUGAGUUCCCGAGAAUUCGCUGCAGCGGACGUGCUCGUGGGAUCAGUGUUGCUGUACCCUCCUCCCGGCCUGCUUUAGGCCCGGCCCCUCGCACUUGCCCCUACCAUUUCUGUUGAGUCCGCAUCCCUCUCCGGCCACCGCAACCAGGCGAAGAGAAAAAGGAACUUCCCCCCACCUCUCUUGGGUGGCGGCGGAGCUCCGGAGCCCACCCUUCGGAGCGGGGCGGGGACCCCGUUUCGGAGAAGAGAUUUCCUCGGGAUUCUCGUUUUUUUCCUCGGUUGUAUCUCCGAAAGAAUUAAAAAUGGCCGAGAAUGUGGUGGAACCCGGGCCGCCUUCAGCCAAGCGGCCUAAACUCUCAUCUCCGGCCCUCUCGGCGUCCGCCAGCGAUGGCACAGAUUUUGGUUCACUGUUUGACCUGGAACAUGACUUACCAGAUGAAUUAAUCAACUCUACAGACUUGGGACUAACCAAUGGUGGCGAUAUUAGUCAGCUUCAGACAAGUCUUGGCAUAGUACAAGAUGCAGCCUCUAAACAUAAACAGCUGUCAGAAUUGCUAAGGUCUGGUAGUUCCCCUAACCUCAACAUGGGAGUUGGUGGCCCAGGCCAAGUUAUGGCCAGCCAGGCCCAACAGAACAGCCCUGGAUUAAGUUUGAUAAAUAGCAUGGUCAAAAGCCCAAUGGCACAGACAGGCUUGACUUCUCCUAACAUGGGGAUGGGCAGUAGUGGACCAAAUCAGGGUCCUACUCAGUCCCCAGCAGGUAUGAUGAACAGUCCAGUGAAUCAGCCUGCCAUGGGAAUGAACACAGGGAUGAAUGCUGGCAUGAAUCCUGGGAUGUUGGCUGCAGGCAAUGGACAAGGGAUACUGCCCAAUCAAGUCAUGAAUGGUUCCAUUGGAACAGGCCGGGGACGGCCAAACAUGCAGUACCCAAACGCAGGCAUGGGCAGUGCUGGCAGUUUAUUGACUGAGCCACUACAGCAGGGCUCUCCUCAGAUGGGAGGACAACCAGGAUUGAGAGGCCCCCAACCACUUAAGAUGGGAAUGAUGAACAAUCCCAGUCCUUAUGGUUCACCAUACACUCAGAAUUCUGGACAGCAGAUUGGAGCAAGUGGCCUUGGUCUCCAAAUUCAGACAAAGACUGUUCUACCAAAUAACUUAUCUCCAUUUGCCAUGGACAAAAAGGCAGUGCCUGGUGGGGGAGUGCCCAGUAUGGGCCAACAGCCUACCCCAUCGGUCCAGCAGCCAGGCCUGGUGACUCCAGUUGCCCCAGGGAUGGGUUCUGGAGCGCACACAGCUGAUCCAGAGAAGCGCAAGCUCAUCCAGCAGCAGCUGGUACUCCUUUUACAUGCUCACAAGUGCCAGCGCCGGGAGCAAGCUAAUGGGGAAGUGAGGCAGUGCAAUCUUCCCCACUGUCGUACCAUGAAAAAUGUCCUAAACCAUAUGACACACUGCCAGUCAGGCAAAUCCUGCCAAGUGGCACAUUGUGCAUCUUCUCGACAAAUCAUUUCACACUGGAAAAAUUGCACAAGGCAUGAUUGUCCUGUGUGUCUUCCUCUCAAAAAUGCUGGGGAUAAGCGAAAUCAACAGUCAAUUUUGACAGGAGCACCAGUUGGGGUUAAUAACACUAGCUCUCUAGGAGUGGGGCCACAGUCCACCCCUAGCCUAAGCACUGUUAGUCAGAUUGACCCCAGCUCUAUAGAGCGAGCUUACGCUGCUCUUGGACUACCCUAUCAAGUCAACCAGAUUCCACCACAACCCCAGGUACAAGCAAAGAAUCAACAAAGUCAGCCAUCUGGACAGUCUCCCCAGGGCAUGCGGUCUAUGAACAACAUGAGUGCUAGUCCUAUGGGUGUAAAUGGAGGUGUAGGGGUUCAGACGCCGAAUCUUCUUUCUGACUCCAUGUUGCAUUCAACCAUAAAUUCUCAAAACCCGAUGAUGAGUGAAAAUGCUGGUGUGGCCUCCCUGGGUCCUUUGCCAACAGCAGCUCAGCCAUCUAGUACUGGAAUUCGAAAACAGUGGCAUGAAGAUAUUACUCAGGAUCUUCGAAACCACCUUGUUCAUAAACUUGUUCAAGCCAUAUUUCCCACUCCGGAUCCUGCUGCUUUAAAAGACCGACGGAUGGAAAACCUUGUUGCAUAUGCUCGUAAGGUGGAAGGGGACAUGUAUGAAUCUGCAAACAAUAGAGCUGAAUACUAUCACCUCUUAGCCGAGAAGAUCUAUAAGAUCCAGAAGGAACUAGAAGAGAAACGGAGGACUAGACUACAGAAACAGAACAUGCUACCAAGUGGUCCUGGCAUGGUUCCAGGGCCUAUGAAUACUGGACCUAACAUGGGGCCGCAACCAACAGGAAUGACUACCAAUGGUCCUGUGCCUGACCCGUCUAUGAUCCGUGGCAGUGUGCCGAACCACAUGAUGCCUCGGUUGACUCCACAACCUGGUUUGAAUCAAUUUGGGCAAAUGAAUAUGCCACAGCCUCCUAUUGGACCCCGGCAGCCCUCUCCUCUUCAGCACCACGGGCAAUUGGCUCAGUCUGGGUCACUCAAUCCGGCUAUGGGCUAUGGACCUCGUAUGCAGCAGGCUUCCGGCCAGAACCAGUUCCUCUCCCAGACUCAGUUUCCAUCCCAAGGAAUGAAUGUAACAAACAUGCCUUUGGCUCCAUCCAGCGGUCAAGCACCAGUGUCUCAAGCACAAAUGUCCAGUUCUUCUUGCCCAGUGAACUCUCCUAUAAUGCCUCCAGGGUCUCAAGGGAGCCAUAUUCACUGUCCUUCUCUGCCUCAACAAGCUCAUCAGAAUUCACCUUCUCCUGUUCCUAGCCGAACCCCUACUCCUCAUCAUACCCCCCCAAGCAUAGGGACUCAACCACCACCAGCAACAGCAAUUCCAGCACCUGUUCCUACACCUCCCGCCAUACCACCUGGACCACAGCCCCCAUCUCUGCAUCCCUCAUCUAGACAAACACCUACACCACCAACACAUCUGCCUCCCCCAGUGCAGCCUUCACUUCCUGCUGCUCCUUCUGCUGACCAGUCCCAGCAACAGCCUCGCUCACAGCAGAGCACAGCAGCUUCUGUUCCUACCCCAACCGCACCAUUGCUGCCUCCUCAGCCUUCCACUCCGCUUUCUCAGCCUGCUGUGAGCAUUGAAGGCCAGGUAUCAAACCCUCCAUCUACUAGUAGCACAGAAGUGAAUUCUCAGAAUAUUCCUGAGAAGCAGCCUUCACAGGAAGUGAAAAUGGAGGCUAAAAUGGAGGUGGAUCAACCAGAACCAGCAGAUGCUCAACCUGAUGAUACAAAGGAGACUAAAGCUGAGGAUGUUAAAGUAGAACCUACAGAAAUGGAGGAGAGAGGCUCUGAGUUAAAAACUGAAGUGAAAGAGGAAGAAGACCAGCCAAACACCUCUGCUACCCAGUCCUCCCCGGCUCCUGGACAGUCGAAGAAGAAGAUUUUCAAACCAGAAGAAUUACGCCAGGCUCUGAUGCCAACAUUGGAGGCACUUUACCGGCAGGACCCAGAAUCUCUUCCCUUUCGUCAGCCUGUGGACCCACAGCUUCUAGGAAUCCCUGUAAGUAUUUGUUGUGGCUCUCUUACUUUCCCAGCCUUAGGGCCGCCUAACUCCUGGAUUUUUCUAUUGGAGUUUUCUCCACAGACUCUAUGUUGCUAUGGGAAACAGUUAUGCACAAUCCCCCGUGAUGCUACUUACUACAGUUACCAGAACAGGUAUCAUUUCUGUGAGAAGUGUUUCAAUGAAAUCCAAGGGGAGAGCGUUUCUUUGGGUGAUGACCCUUCCCAACCUCAAACUACAAUAAAUAAAGAACAAUUUUCCAAGAGAAAAAAUGACACACUGGAUCCUGAACUGUUUGUUGAGUGCACAGAGUGUGGAAGAAAGAUGCACCAGAUCUGUGUCCUUCACCACGAGAUCAUCUGGCCAUCUGGGUUUGUCUGUGAUGGCUGUUUAAAGAAAACUGCACGAACUAGGAAAGAAAAUAAGUUUUCUGCUAAAAGAUUGCCAUCUACCAGACUUGGGACCUUUCUGGAGAAUAGAGUGAAUGACUUUCUGAGGCGACAAAAUCACCCCGAAUCAGGAGAGGUCACUGUUCGGGUUGUUCAUGCUUCUGACAAAACUGUGGAAGUGAAACCAGGCAUGAAAGCAAGGUUUGUAGAUAGUGGAGAGAUGGCAGAAUCUUUUCCUUACCGAACAAAGGCCCUGUUUGCCUUUGAAGAAAUUGAUGGUGUUGACUUGUGUUUCUUUGGCAUGCAUGUUCAAGAGUAUGGCUCUGACUGCCCCCCUCCCAACCAGAGGAGAGUAUACAUAUCUUACCUCGAUAGUGUUCAUUUCUUCCGUCCUAAAUGCUUGCGGACUGCAGUCUAUCAUGAAAUUCUAAUUGGAUAUUUGGAGUAUGUCAAGAAAUUAGGAUACACAACAGGGCACAUCUGGGCCUGUCCACCCAGUGAAGGGGAUGACUAUAUCUUCCAUUGCCAUCCACCUGAUCAGAAGAUACCAAAGCCCAAGCGCCUGCAAGAAUGGUACAAAAAGAUGCUUGACAAGGCUGUAUCAGAACGUAUUGUCCAUGACUACAAGGAUAUUUUAAAACAAGCUACUGAAGAUCGAUUGACAAGUGCAAAGGAACUACCCUACUUUGAAGGUGAUUUCUGGCCCAAUGUUCUGGAAGAAAGCAUCAAGGAGCUUGAACAAGAAGAAGAAGAGAGGAAACGGGAAGAGAACACCAGCAACGAGAGUACUGAUGUAACAAAAGGAGACAGCAAAAAUGCUAAGAAGAAGAAUAACAAGAAAACCAGCAAAAACAAGAGCAGCCUGAGUAGGGGUAAUAAGAAGAAGCCUGGUAUGCCCAAUGUGUCUAAUGACCUUUCUCAGAAACUAUAUGCCACCAUGGAAAAGCAUAAAGAGGUCUUCUUUGUGAUCCGCCUUAUCGCUUGUCCUGCUCCCAAUUCCCUGCCUCCCAUUGUUGAUCCUGACCCUCUCAUCCCCUGUGACCUGAUGGAUGGUAGAGAUGCAUUCCUCACCCUUGCAAGGGACAAGCACCUGGAAUUCUCUUCACUUCGAAGAGCCCAGUGGUCUACCAUGUGUAUGCUGGUGGAGCUCCAUACACAGAGUCAGGAUCGCUUUGUCUACACCUGCAACGAGUGCAAGCACCACGUGGAGACACGCUGGCAUUGCACUGUGUGUGAGGAUUAUGACCUGUGCAUCACCUGUUAUAACACUAAAAAUCAUGACCACAAAAUGGAGAAACUAGGCCUCGGCUUGGAUGAUGAAAGCAAUAACCAGCAAGCUGCAGCUACCCAGAGCCCAGGAGACUCCCGCCGCCUGAGCAUCCAGCGCUGCAUCCAAUCUCUGGUGCAUGCCUGUCAGUGCCGCAAUGCCAACUGUUCCCUGCCUUCCUGCCAGAAGAUGAAGAGGGUUGUGCAGCACACCAAAGGCUGCAAACGGAAAACCAAUGGUGGAUGCCCCAUUUGCAAACAGCUUAUUGCCCUCUGCUGCUAUCACGCCAAGCACUGCCAGGAGAAUAAGUGCCCGGUGCCAUUCUGCCUCAACAUCAAGCAAAAACUCAGGCAGCAACAGCUACAGCACCGGCUCCAACAGGCUCAGAUGCUCCGCAGGAGGAUGGCCAGCAUGCAACGAACUGGUGUGGCGGGGCAGCAGCAGGGCCUGCCGUCCCCUACUCCUGCUACUCCAACUACCCCUACUGGCCAACAGCCAGCCACCCCACAGACACCCCAGCCCCAGCCCACCUCUCAACCACAGCCCACUCCUCCCAACAACAUGACACCCUACUUACCCAGGACUCAGACUACUGGCCCUGUGUCCCAGGGUAAGGCAGCAGGGCAAGUGACCCCACCAACCCCACCUCAGACUGCUCAGGCCCCCCUUCCAGGGCCUCCACCUGCAGCAGUAGAAAUGGCAAUGCAAAUUCAGAGGGCAGCAGAGACACAGCGCCAGAUGGCCCAUGUACAGAUUUUCCAAAGGCCAAUCCAGCACCAGAUGCCCCAGAUGGCACCCAUGGCCCCUAUGGGCAUGAACCCACCUCCUAUGGCCAGAGGUCCUGGUGGGCAUUUGGAUCCAGGAAUAGGUCCCACAGGAAUGCAGCAACAGCCGCCUUGGGCCCAAGGAGGAAUGCCUCAGCCCCAGCAGAUGCAGUCAGGGAUGCCAAGGCCAGCCAUGAUGUCAGUGGCACAGCAUGGUCAGCCUUUGAACAUGGCUCCACAACCAGGAUUGGGCCAAGUGGGUGUGAGCCCUCUCAAGCCAGGCACUGUGUCUCAACAAGCCUUACAAAACCUUUUGCGGACUCUCAGGUCUCCCAGUUCUCCCUUACAGCAGCAACAGGUGCUUAGUAUCCUUCAUGCCAACCCCCAACUGUUGGCUGCAUUCAUCAAGCAGCGGGCUGCCAAGUAUGCCAACCCUAAUCCACAGCCUCUCCCUGGACAGCCUGGCAUGCCCCAGGGACAGCCAGGGCUGCAGCCACCUACCAUGCCUGGCCAGCAAGGUGUCCACUCCAACCCAGCCUUGCAGAACAUGAAUCCUCUGCAGGCAGGUGUCCAGAGAGCUGGCCUGCCCCAGCAGCAGCCGCAGCAGCAGCAGCUCCAACCACCCAUGGGAGCCAUGAGUCCCCAAGCUCAGCAAAUGAACAUGAAUCACAAUACCAUGCCUUCACAGUUCAGAGACAUCUUAAGACGGCAGAUGAUGCAACAGCAGGGAGCAGGGCCAGGAAUCGGCCCUGGAAUGGCCAACCACAACCAGUUCCAGCAGCCCCAAGGAAUUGGCUAUCCACCCCAGCAGCAGCAGCAGCAGCAGCGAAUGCAGCAUCACAUGCAGCAAAUGCAGCAAGGAAAUAUGGGACAAAUGGGUCAGCUUCCCCAGGCUCUGGGGGCUGAGGCAGGAGCCAGUCUACAGGCCUAUCAGCAGCGACUUCUUCAACAACAAAUGGGAUCUCCUGCUCAGCCCAACCCUAUGAGCCCACAGCAGCACAUGCUCCCAAAUCAGGCACAGUCCCCACACCUACAAGGUCAACAAAUCCCUAAUUCUCUCUCCAAUCAAGUGCGCUCUCCCCAGCCUGUCCCUUCUCCUCGACCACAGUCUCAGCCCCCCCAUUCCAGCCCAUCUCCGAGGAUGCAGCCUCAGCCUUCUCCACACCAUGUUUCUCCACAGACCAGUUCCCCACAUCCUGGACUGGUAGCUGCCCAGGCUGCCAACCCCAUGGAACAAGGGCAUUUUGCCAGCCCAGACCAGAAUUCAAUGCUUUCACAGCUCGCUAGCAAUCCAGGCAUGGCAAACCUCCAUGGGGCAAGUGCCACGGACCUGGGACUGAGCAGCGAUAAUGCAGACUUGAAUUCAAACCUCUCACAGAGUACACUAGACAUACACUAGAGACACCUUGUAGUAUUUUGGGAGCAAAAGAUUAUUUUCUCUUAACAAGACUUUUUGUACUGAAAACAAUUUUUUUGAAUCUUUCUUAGCCUAAAAGACCCAUUUUCCUUGGAACAUGUAAGAACUGUGCAGUAGCCAUUUAUGGUUUAAAGUAAACAUGCCAGAUGAACCUGAGGGAUAAUAGAUUACAAAGAAUAUAUUUUUGUUAUGGCUGGUUACCCCAGCUCUUUUUCCCCUUGUGUGUGUGGUUCAAGUGUGCACUGGGAGGCAACUGAGGUCUGAAGCCAACCAUAUGCUCCUGCCUUGCACCUCCGAUAGGUUUUAUUAUUUUUUUUAAAUUAAUGAAAAUAUGUAAUAUUAAUAGUUAUUAUUUACUGGUGCAGAUGGUUGACAUUUUUCCCUAUUUUCCUCACUUUAUGAAAGAAUUUAAAAAAAAAAAAAGAACAUUUCUAAAACCAGAGGACAAAAGGGGUUAAUGUUACAUAAAAUUACAUUAUAUAUAUAUAUAUAUAAAUAUAUAUAAAUAUAUUAAAAUACCAAUUUUUUUCUCUGGGUGCAAAGAUGUUCAUUCUUUUAAAAACAUUUAAAAAAGAAAAUAAAAAGCCUCCUCUUCCAUCCCUCAAGUCAACUUUUGUGCUCCAGAAAAUUUUCUAUUCCGUAAGUCUAAGGGUAAAACUUCAAGUAUUAAGAUAAUUUGUACAUGUAGAGAAAAAAAUGACUUUUUCAUAAUAUACAGGGGCAGCUGCCAAAUUGAUGUAUUAUAAUAUUGUGGUUUCUGUUUCUUGAGAAAAUUUUUUUGUUAUUUUUACAUCUAACAGAGGAAAAAAAAAUUAAAAAGAGGGUAAGAAAUGACUCCAGUGGGGUGAUUUUAACAUGCAAAUGUCUGAGGUUUCUUCACUUGCUUUCUUCCUUACUCUGCCCCCACACACGUACACUUUCUGUAAAACUUGAAAAUAGAAAGCAAAACCCUCAACUGUUGUAAAUCAUGCAAUUAAGGUUGAUUACUUAUAAAUAUGAACAUUGGAUCACUGUAUAGACUGUUAAAUUUGAUUUCUUAUUACCUAUUGUUAAAUAAACUGUGUGAGACAGACA